CCGCUGCAUGCACAGCGCUGCAGGUUGAAUCCAUUGCGCCCGUUUCCUGUCACAUGGGUUGGAAAUAGGAUCCCCUGCUAUCUGUUGCCGUGUCUCUGGUGCCAGAGGAGCAGAAGGCUGCGGGACCUUCGUCGGAGUUCGGGGACUUUUGCUUGCUCCGCCCGAAGAGAGACUCCUGCAGCGGCGCGCACAGUCGGGCCCGGUCGGUCCAGCAGCUCGCCCGGAACGCGCAUCCGUCCGCGUGGCCGCGCUUCACCUGAGAGAGCCAGCUCCGACCCUUUAAUCACACGAUGGAUUCCUGGACGGUCACAUCCGCGCUCCUCCUCGCUGGGGCUAUUUCCUCCGCGGCGUUCAGUGUGUUCGACACCGAGUGUUACACCGCCAACGGAGAGGACUACAGGGGCUUCCAGAACCAGACCGGCCUGCGGGCCGGGAAGCCAUGCCUCUUCUGGAACGAGACCUUCCAGCACCCUUACAACACCCUCAAGUACCCCAAUGGGGAGGGCGGCCUGGGCAGCCACAACUACUGCAGGAACCCCGACGGGGACGUCCAGCCGUGGUGCUACAUCGCGGAUCACGAAGACGGGAUCUACUGGAGAUACUGCGACAUCCCCACGUGCCAGAUGCCUGGCAACCUGGGCUGCUUCAAAGACAGCGGAGACCCGCCCACCCUGUCCGGCACCAGCGAGACCUCCAACAAGCUCACCAUCCAGAACUGCAUCAGCUUCUGCAGGAAGCAGAGGUACAAGCUCGCCGGCAUGGAGUCGGGGUACGCCUGUUUCUGUGGCAACGAAGUGGACCAGCGGGACCACGGCGAGUCGCCGAGCAUGGAGUGUAACCACGUGUGCUUUGGCGACCACACCCAGCCCUGCGGCGGAGACGGCUGGGUCAUCGUCUUCGACACUCGGGUCGGAGCCUGCGGCGGGAACUACUCGGCUCCGUCCGGGGUGAUCUACUCGCCCGACUUCCCCGACAAGUACGCCGCCGGCCGCGUCUGCUACUGGACCGUCCACGUGCCCGGCUCCCACGCCAUCCUCUUCAACUUCACCUUCUUCGAGAUCUCCGACCAGACGGACAUGGUGGAGCUCCUGGACGGCCACACCAACCGGGUGGUGGCGCGCUUCGACUGGCGCAGCCCGCCGCGGGAGCUGGUCAACGUGACGGGCGACUCCGUCAUCGUGUACUUCUACUCGGACCGCACCAACCAGGCGCAGGGGUUCGCUCUGCUUUACCAAGGUGGGGCUUCGCGUCUGCUGAGGGAGGUUAAGCAGUGUUUGGUUCCACGAGAAACCCUUUUCGGAGAGGUUCUACCCAGAAGACAUAAAAGGAGAGAACCGUCUGUCAGAGAAAAACCUCUCCGAGAGGUUUCACAGGGAACCUUUUGAUUGGGAUAACGGUUCUUUGAAGGUUUUUUGGAGGUCCUUUGGAGGUCUUUUGGAGGUUCUUUGGAGGUCUUUUCCUGGAACGUUUUCUCCUAAUGCUGCAAACCAGAACUCUGCCGUUGGGUUCUACCGAAAACCCUUCAUAUUCCAAAGGUUUUUUUUUACCGAGAUUACCGCACCCUUCCCUUUUCGAAACCACCACAUUUGCACAGUCAGGUGCGUCCAUGAGGGAGUUUUGCAUGGCCGCCCCGGUGGGGUGAACAGGGUUCCUUUUCUCCUUUCGUUUGCGAGUCGAUGUCUCGCGGGUGACGCUGCGUGUUUAACGAUGUUUAGUUUUUCU